GCGAAACGCGUAAAAGAGCGCAGCGCCGGUGGAGACGGUCGGCUUGGAAAGGUACCGCGUUCUCCUCAUUAGUCACUUUUUUGGGCUUAAUAAUUCAGAAUAAUCCGUGUUGCAGUGCUCGUAUUGUUUGAAUGGAGUGAUGUCCACUGAAGAUGGCACACAUUGCGAUGGGACGCGGCGCGUUUUGCUGACAGGACUCGGCGCUCCGGACCAGGAGCUGAUUGGAAAUCUCUGCUGAUCGAUUUCAAAUCAUGUGUGUUCGCUAUUGACGGAAUGUGAGUUGUUUCCGAGAUCCAUAAAGUCAUUAAAAAAUCUUUCAGGGCACUCAGUUCAUGCUCGGGUUGCCAGAGCAUCACAUUAAUAUUUCCCUCUUCAUUAUCGGCCUGUUGAGGAGCUGCUCUAACGAUACUUUCACAUUUCAGACCAUGUAUUCGUAUUUUAACACGAUCCCGCAGCUGAGGUUGGGUUAAAGGAGUUCACAUAGUUGAUUUUAAGCCACUUUAUUAACGAACUGAGACCCGGAGCCAAACACAGUCAUGGCUAAAAAUCCGUCCGAGGGGCCGAAGGAUGACCUGAGCCAGCUGACGGACGAGGAGCUGCUGCGCUGCAGUAAAGAGGAGCUGCUCAGGAAAUUAAGGAGGGUGGACAGCGAGAAAAUGAACUUGAUGAUCGAGCAUGGCAACAUGAUGAAAGACAUCAACAGGAGGCUGCAGGUGCAUCUGCACGAAAUCCGGAGUCUGAAGGAGAUCAACCAGAAGCUGCAGGACGACAACCAUGAGCUCCGGGAGCUCUGCUGCUUCCUGGACGAUGACCGGCAGAAGGGCAAGAAGCUGUCCCGGGAGUGGCAGCGCUUCGGCCGCUACACUGCCAGCGCCAUGUGGAAGGAGGUGGGCACCUACAUGAUGAAGCUGAAGGAGCUGGAGGCCAACCAGGAGACGGUGCUGAGGGAGAACUCUGAACUGAAGGAGAUCAUCCUGAUGCUGGAUGAGGAGAGGAACGGGGCAGGAUCCAGGAGCUCCAUAGACAGUCAGUCCAGCCUGACCAACCUGAACGGUGGCACCAGCACGGUCAGGGAUGUUGGAGACGGGAGUAGCACGUCCAGCACAGGUAGCGCCGGGAGCCCGGACCACCACAAUCACAACCACAUACACAAGCCCUCAGAGAACAGUAAGAUGGGUCCCACCAUGAGGAGGUCCAUGGAUGACCUGUCAGCGCCGCACCACCACAGGAGCAUCCCCAACGGACUCAAUGAUUCCUCCUCCAACUACAUCAGGCAGCUGGAGACGAAAGUGAGGAUACUGGAAGACGACAACAAUAAGCUCCUCUCGCAGCAGUGUAACCCAGGUGACCUCCGUGCGCUGAGGAAGGGAAUGACUCUGUACCACUCAGAGUCCCAGCUGUCCUCACUGCCGCAGCGCCAGGAAGCCAUGCACAUGGGUUCAGGCCGUCUACCGACCAGCGAGUCCUCUCCUGCCACGGGAUACCUGUCCUGUGUCCAGAAGCCUGAGGCAGUGGUGCACGCCAUGAAGGUGCUGGAGGUCCACGAGAACCUGGACAAGCAGGUUCCUGAAGACUACGAGGACGAUCUCAGCGAGAAGGAGAAGGCCAUCGUGAGAGAGAUGUGCAACGUGGUGUGGAGAAAACUGGGUGAUGCAGCAGGAUCAAAGCUGUCCAUCAGACAGCACCUCUCUGGGAACCAGUUCAAAGGGCCGCUGUAGCCUAGCAACCAGCCAGGAUCUUCACUCACCUGAACAGCUCCACCUGUGACCCUCCAUGCCGUGCUCCUUACUGCCUACAUCACCCAGCAUUCCUUCAGCGAUCACACUCAGACCGGCUACACGGAUCGGACCCUGGUAGUCUGUCGUCCACAACUUUUUAAUCUCUCAGAGCUUCUGUUUGACAACCGGCAGCUAGUUUCACUGAUUCGCCACUCAUCAUCGAUUCGGAGGCUUUCGAAUUCUCUCUCUGCUUCUGUAGAGCGCCGCUGUGCUACAAUAAGGUUCCAAGCACAGAGCUGAUCAGGCCGCGGGGAGCGGACGUGAAGGACUCUAUCUUCAGAUAUAGUACCUCCUGUAGAGACCCCAGCUCCCGUCACAUGUAUCGCUCCCCCCCUCUAGUGGUCGACGAGUAUAACUAGCAUUAGCGUUCUAAAAAUGUUAACUACCCACUGUGACCUAGCGCCUUCUUUUGCUCGUAAGACAAGUCUAUGGAUAAUAAAGUCUAGAGAUCACUGUUAACUUGUGUAUAUUAUGUAUAAAACCAUAGCACUACUUCAUUGUUGAUUUUUGUAUUCUAGCGUGGCCAUGUGAUCAAUAAUUCAGUUUUAAAAAGCACACAAACAAACAAACAAACAAACAACCGGACCUUAAACAGGGUUUGCUUUUGGUAAUAAUUACUUUUUUUAUUCUUCUUCUUCUUCUUUUCCAACAUGAAUUCCUAUUAUUCCUUCUGAAAAUGUUAUCGAGGCCGUUCUUGAAUCUCUAUUUGGACUGAUCAUUUCUUUUCUUACUUUGUGAAACUAAAAUAAAUUGUAUGCUGUGUGCAUGCUUGACAAUCAUUUUCUCAGGUCGGGAGGGCUACAGCUUUACCUUUUGCCCGUCUGUGAGUGCGUUUGCGUGCAUGAGUGUGUGGAAGGAGGCUGAGUGAUUCUCUUCCAGCUGUAGCAUCUGCCUGUGAAUCCUCUUUCUUUGGCUAUUUGAACCCUGGUUACAACACGGUUGAAGACUGCUGAAGACAUUUUCUGAAUCCAUAAUAAAAUAUUGGCUGAUGAAAAGUCAUGGAUUCAGCAGGUGUGUUCACGCAGUGCAUGUUUCUUUCUUUCUUAGAAUACGAGAGGUUAAGUCUUCCCUUUUUGAUGUCUCCAUACAUGAAACACAUUUUAAAACGAGUAUUUCUUGAUGUCAGCGUAUUUAUUGCCAGGUGUUGAAGAUAGAGAUGGGAGCGCAGACAGUUACUGAACAGUCACGUUUUGGAAUUUGUCAGAUUUGCUGUGAGAAGUGUUAAAAGUAAAAGUUAUCUGACAGAUUUGUGGAGUGACUGACAGCUCCGGCUCUCCCAUCUCUAGUGUUAUUUGUUCCAAAUUAGAACAUUUCCGAGGCUGGCCGACAGGCGCCUCUGUUCUCUCAAAUAAUGGGUCAAAAAAUACGAAAAUCUAAUCAAAGUCUGAUUUUGAAAGUGUCCUUUUUUCUAGGAACUGAUUUGAAGCCAUGCUACAAUUUUGAAUACUUUAUAUAUAUAUAUAAAUAUAAAUAUAUGGCAUUUGAUUUGAGAUGUGCCACAGUUCUUUUCUUCAUCGUGUUUUGAUUUGGAACCCGAAUGUCUUUUCUUUUCUUUUUUUAAAUAAAAAAACAUCUCUAGUGUUUCUUUUUUCUGCCUAUAUGCUAAAACCACAGUACAGAAUCCUAGAAUCUACAGCGUAAAUGUCCACUCCUGUAGUAACUAGCAUGACUGUAACUUCUUUUCAUGGAUUUCACUGAUUAAAUGAGUAUUUGACAGGUGAAAAGAAAACAUGGAAUAGGCCACUUUUAGAACAAAUUUGGGAGAAAAUAAACAACUUGCUUAAUGA